AUGUCGCUUAUCUUGCCUUGGCUCCUGGCGACGUUGGCAGGAGGAGCAGCAUGGAAGUGGCAAGAAUCGCAGCAAAGGACCAUAUCCCUGAACGGACUGACGCCACCGCCCCAGUCAGUGAUCAUAGACCCGCUCUCCUACGCCGUCCUCGGCACCCAGGGCCCAUUCCGCGACGCCGACUCCUGGACCACAUUCUUCAACCCCACCUCCACCGCUCCUCCUUUCUUCCAAAUCCUCCACCCCGACUUCCUCUCCGUGCUCGGUCCUGCACCCUCGCUGCGCGCGAUCGCGUCCAACCGCGAUUUCGCGUUCGCGCACGAGGCGCCGAUAUGGGUGCCCGCGAGCGACGAGGUGUUCUUCGCGAGCAACGCCGGCGGGCCGCUUGGGUUCAGUGACUGGAACACGAACAAUCAGGUGGCGAAGAUCAGCAUGCGGGAUGUGGAGAGGGCGGUUGCGCGCGCGGGGAGCAACGUCUCUGCUGUGAAUGUGUCUGUUCAGAAGCUGUACCUCCCUGACACCAUCCAGAUGACGAACGGCGGCACGGGGCCCUUCCGUGGCUCCCUGCUGCUCAUCAACUCUGGCCGGGCGACCAUGCCGCCCAACCUCGUGCUCGUGAAUGCCUACCCGCCUCACAACGCGACCGUGCUGCUGGACAACUACUUUGGUAGGCAGUUCAACUCACUGAAUGAUGUCAGGGUGCACCCGAAGGGCAAGGCGAUCUUUUUCACGGACGUGACGUACGGAUGGCUUAACCACUUCCGCCCGCCCCCGCUGCUGCCGAAUCAGGUGUAUCGCUUCGAUCCGGACACAGGCCACGUUCGCGUCGUCGCUGACGGGUUCAUGCGGUGCAAUGGCCUGGCAUUCUCAAAGGACGGCAAGACCGUCUACAUCGCGGACUCGGGGGCCGCGGCUGGCUUCCUGGGAAGGAACACGACGCAGCCGUCUACCAUCUACGCAUUCGACGUCGAGCCAAAGUCGCAGGUGUUUCUCAACCGCCGUGUGUUCGCGUACGUCGACGCCGGCGUACCGGACGGGCUCCAAGUCGACACCGCGGGCAACGUCUAUUCCGGAUGCGCCGACGGCGUGCAUGUCUGGAACAAAGAGGGCACGCUGAUCGGCAAGUUCUUUCUCGGUGCCGAGUCGGCCAACUUGGUGUUUGCAGGCAAGGGCAAGUUGGUGAUGUUGGCGGAGACGGUGGUGUAUUUGGCGCAGAUCGCUGCGGAUGGAGUGAAUUUGGCCGUCGACUGA